UCUCAAACAGCUUAUCUUCUUUCUCUAUCUCGCUUUCCAUACACAAGAGCUAGAGCAAGCUUUCUUUAAUGGCAAAAGCCCUAUUAUUAUUUGUAAGACGAGCUUUUUUUUUUUCUAUGAUCAAAAUUUGCAAGACAAUCUUAACUCUAGCUAAUCUUAUAAUGGGCUUAGAGAUUGAGCAACCUACCGUUGGGCUAUCAAAAGUUGCAGUUUCUGAAACUCAUGGAGAGGACUCUCCAUACUUUGCCGGCUGGAAAGCGUACGAUGAAGAUCCUUAUGAUGAAUUAGAAAACCCCUCAGGAGUCAUACAGAUGGGACUCGCAGAAAAUCAAGUUUCAUUUGAUUUGCUAGAAGAGUACUUGGAAAAGCAUUCUGAAGCAUCUACCUGGGGACAAGGAGCGACUGGCUUCAGAGAGAAUGCCUUGUUUCAAGAUUACCAUGGACUGAAAUCUUUCAGACAGGCAAUGGCAAGUUUCAUGGAACAAAUUAGAGGGGGAAGAGCAAAAUUUGACCCCGAUAGAGUAGUCCUAACUGCAGGCGCAACCGCAGCUAACGAGUUGUUGAUCUUCAUUCUAGCUGAUCCCGGGGAUGCUUUGCUAGUUCCAAUUCCAUACUAUCCAGGAUUUGACAGAGAUUUAAGGUGGAGGACUGGUGUAAAAAUUGUACCAAUUCAUUGCGACAGCUCAAACAAUUUCCAGGUCACUCCUCAAGCCUUGGAAGCUGCUUAUAAAGAUGCAGAAGCCAUGAACAUCAAAGUGAGAGGAGUACUUAUAACCAAUCCUUCAAACCCAUUAGGUGCCACAAUCCAGCGUUCAGUCCUGGAAGACAUUCUUGACUUCGCCACACAAAAAAACAUCCAUCUCGUGUCUGAUGAAAUCUACUCAGGAUCCACCUUCUCAUCAUCUGAAUUCGUAAGCAUUGCAGAAAUUCUGGAAGCUCGUGGAUAUAAAGAUUCAGAAAGAGUUCACAUUGUUUACAGUCUUUCAAAAGAUCUUGGUCUCCCAGGUUUUCGCGUUGGAACUAUAUAUUCCUACAAUGACAAGGUUGUUACAACUGCAAGAAAGAUGUCUAGCUUCACCUUGAUUUCCUCGCAAACACAACAUCUUUUGGCUACCAUGUUGUCUGACAAGGUAUUCACCAAGAAUUAUAUUAAGAUAAAUAGAGAGAGACUGAGGAAAAGGUAUGAAAUGAUCAUUCAAGGGUUGAGAAGUGCAGGGAUAGAGUGUUUGAAAGGUAAUGCUGGGUUAUUUUGCUGGAUGAAUUUAAGCCCUUUAUUGAAGACACCAACGAAAGAAGGUGAAUUGAGUCUUUGGAACUCUAUUAUUCAUGACUUGAAGCUGAAUAUAUCUCCUGGAUCUUCUUGCCAUUGCUCUGAACCAGGUUGGUUUAGGGUGUGUUUUGCCAACAUGGGCGAGCAGACACUAGAAGUUGCACUGAAGAGGAUACAUAACUUCAUGGAACAAAAGAAAACAGAAACCAAUUAAAUAUGUUUUCACAGUAAGGUGCAUUUUUUAAUGGCUCCAGCCAUUUUCAUUCUUUAACUAGAUGAUAAACCUCACAAUAUUAAUGGUUUUGUCUCAUUAUUAUAUAUAUAAUAUAUACUGUAUGUCAGAUUGAAAUAUGUUAUACAUUCUUGUUUUCUUGCUUUGCCAAGCAAGUUUCCAAGAAAUUCCAUUUGUCUCAUUAAAUUGUAA